AUGCUUAAGAAGUUGCAUCAUAUUUCUAUAAUUGCGAUCCUGGAACCUUUCUCAGAUAUCAUUCAUGUCCAGAAUUUUAAACAUCAGCUUGCUAUGGAUCAUGCUAUGAGUAAUUGCAAUGGCAAGAUUUGGCUGUUUUGGAACCUGGAUGUGGACUGCAAUGUGAUAGAGGAGGAUGAGCAGCAAGUCACCUGUGAAAUCACUCAUAAUGAGUUGCAUAUCAAGUUUUCUAAUACCUUUGUUUAUGCCAAAUGUAAGGACUAUCUUAGAAGACCUCUUUGGGAUAGAAUGUUAUAUCAUGCUACUGCUACAACCAAUUCCCCUUGGUGUGCAGUGGGUGAUUAUAAUGUUAUUACUUCCAUUGAUGAGAAACUGGGAGGGGUGCCGUACAAUAUGAGGAAAAGUCUGGAGUUCAUUGCGUUGAUUGAAGCUUGUGGUCUUAUGGACCUUGGUUUCAGCGGUCAGAAAUUUACAUGGUCCAAUAACAGGGGUAUACACAGCAGGGUAUGGAAGAGACUAGACAGGGCUAUGGUAAAUGAUUCUUGGCUUGAACAUAUGCCUCAAACGACUAUCAUUCAUCUCCCAUCAGUUGGUUCAGAUCACUGUCCACUAUUGAUGGAAAUGAAUAUUAGAAGUGAGGAACAUAUUAAGUACUUCAAGUUUCUAAAUUGCUGGGCUGACCAACCUAACUUCCUCAACAUUGUUCAAGCUUGCUGGGAUAGGGAGCAGGAGGGUAACAGCAUGUGGAAGUUCCAUCAGAAACUCAAAAGACUGGCCUGCACCCUCAGUAAAUGGUCUAAGGGGGAGUUUGGUGAUAUCUUUGCCAAAGUCAAGGAGUAUGAGAAUAGAGUUAAAAAUGCUGAAGAAUCUUUUAUACAAAACAAUUCUGAGGAGAACAGAACUGCUCUACAUGCAAUCAAUGCUGAAUAUAUCAGAUUUUUGAAGCUGGAGGACUCCAUCCUAAAGCAAAAAACUCAACUCCAAUGGUUUAAAGAAGGUGAUUGCAACUCAAAGUAUUUUCACUCCUUAUUAAGAGGGAGAAGGAGGAGAUUAUUUAUACAUAGAGUAGUAAGAGAGGACGGGGAAUGGAUACAAGGAAAUGAGAAUAUUGCGGAGGCAGCAUGUGAACACUUCCAGCAAAUAUUCACAGGAGAGGAUAAAUUCAUUCAUGAAGGACCUCUGGAUUGUAUUCCCAGAAUGCUAAAUCAAGAUCAUAAUGCCAGACUCAUUGCCCUCCCUACUAUAGAUGAAUUAAAAGAAGUGGUAUUUUCUAUGAAUCCCACCUCUGCAGCAGGGCCAGAUGGCAUGAGUGGUUGUUUUUUCCAGAAAUGCUGGCAGAUUAUCAAGUAUGACCUGUUAGCUGUCAUUUUGGCUUUCUUCAAUGGACAAAUGAUUCCCAAAUAUUUUUCCCACUCUUGUAUUGUUUUGCUGCCCAAAGUAAACAAUCCAAAUAAGCUCUCAGAAUUCAGGCCCAUCAGUCUAAGCAACUUCACCAACAAAAUCAUCUCUAAGCUCUUGAGUUUGAGACUGGGUCCUAUUCUACCCAACCUGAUUUCCCUUAAUCAAUCAGGUUUCGUCAAGGGUAGAAGUAUUUCUGAGAAUAUCAUGCUUGCCCAAGAAAUUCUCCAUCAGAUUAGAAAACCUAACAUUGGUAGCAAUGUGGUUAUUAAAUUGGAUAUGGCAAAGGCCUAUGAUAGGGUCUCCUGGGCGUACAUUUGUAUGGUUUUAAGGAAAAUGGGCUUUGAUGAGAUUUUUAUUGACAUGGUAUGGAGGAUCAUGGCAAAUAACUGGUAUUCAAUUAUUGUUAAUGGAAAAAGGUAUGGCUUCUUUCAAUCCACUAGAGGUCUAAAGCAAGGUGACCCCCUAUCACCUGCCCUAUUUAUUUUAGGGGCUGAGGUCCUUUCAAGAUCAUUAAACAGAAUGCACAGCAAUCCUAACUAUCAUGGUUUCUUCAUGGAAACGAGAGGCCCACAAGUUAAUCACCUUAGCUUUGCGGAUGAUAUUAUUAUUUUUACUUCUGGAAGGAAAAAGUCUCUUGAACUGAUUAUGUAUACUCUGAAUAUAUAUGAGGAGACUUCUGGACAGCUAGUGAACAAAGACAAAAGUCAUUUUAUGGUCCAUUCCAACGCCUUCAACAGCACUAGGGACAGGAUUAAGAGAAUUACUGGUUUCAAGCAAAAGGAAGGUCCUAUUACUUACCUUGGAUGCCCCCUAUACAUUGGCAGGCCAAGAAUUACUUAUUUUUCUGAUCUUAUCAACAAAGUGGUUAAUAGAAUUACAGGAUGGAAGACAAAAAUCUUGAGCUAUGGAGGCAGAAAUACAUUAGUCAAGCAUGUGUUACAAUCCCUCCCCAUUCACCUUGUUUCUGCUAUAUCUCCUCCCUCUACUGUUAUAAAACAAAUUCAGAACCUUAUGGCAGACUUCUUCUGGGGAUGGAAAAAUGACAGAAAAAAAUAUCAUUGGUCCUCGUGGAAGAAUUUGAGUUUUCCAUAUGAGGAAGGAGGCGUUGGUAUGAGAAAUUUAAAGGAUGUGUGCAUGGCUUUUCAAUACAAGCAAUGGUGGAUAUUUAGAUCAAAACACACUCUUUGGGGAGAAUUCUUGAGAGCUAAAUACUGUCAGAGAUCAAAUCCUAUCAGCAAGAAAUGGGACACUGGUGAGUCCCCUACCUGGAAACAUUUAAUGCACAACAAAGUAAAAAUUGAGGAGCACAUACAUUGGACAAUCAUCUCCGGAACUUGUUCUUUCUGGUGGGAUAAUUGGUUAGGAGUCGGGCCUUUAGCAAAUUUCUCUAGUGAAAGCAACAGGUUCAACAACAACACAGUGGCUGACUUCCUGAUUGAGGGCCAAUGGAACCUGGAGAUGCUGAUACAGCAGGCCCCUCAUAGCAUGGUAGCAAGCAUCUUAGAUACUCACAUUCAGUACCAGCAAGGCAUCCCUGACCAGGCAGUGUGGAAACUUAAUUCUGAUGGGAAUUUCACUUGUUCUUCUGCCUGGAAUGAACUCAGGGAAAAAAGGAACAAGACUCAGUUUUAUGACUUUAUUUGGCAUAAAAACAUCCCUUUUAAAUGUUCCUUUUUGCUGUGGAGGGUACUAAAAGGGAAAUUACCUACUAAUGAAAAAAUUUCCAGCUUUGGCAAUGAACCAGUAACAUGUUUUUGUUGCGACAGACCUGGGUGGGACACUAUAAAUCAUAUCUUCAACACUGGUCACUUUGCAACACAUAUAUGGACAUAUUUUGCUAGGCACGCAGGAAUCAAAACAGACCACACCCCUCUUAUUCAUCUAAUCAUGAGAUGGUGGUCGACCAAGUACAACAAUGAAGCUCACAAGUUAAUUCUUCAAGCUACUCCAAUAUUCAUCUGCUGGAAUAUAUGGAAGAACAGGUGCGCGAGGAAAUAUGGAGGAAAACAGUCCAAUGCCUCUAGAGUUAAGUAUGCAGUAUACAAAGACAAUUACAAGCUUAUGACUACCACUUUUCCUUACAUCAGAUGGCCCUCAAACUGGACAGAUUUGAUCAAACAGGCAGAGAAAUGUUUUCAUGAUACUAAGGUGAUUAUGGUGUCUUGGCAAAGACCUCCUGAACAAUGGGUGAAACUAAAUACAGAUGGUAGUGCUUUAAGUAACCCCGGGAGAAUAGGUGCAGGAGGUGUAAUCAGAGACCACAGUGGGGAAAUGAUCUUAGCUUUUGCUACCCCACUAGGAAAUGGAACCAACAACCAAGCCGAAAUAGGAGCAGCCAUAUUCGGAAUGACAUGGGUACUUCAACUAGGUUACAGGAGUGUCAUUCUAGAGGUAGAUUCACAGCUCUUAAUCGACUGGAUUAUGCUCAAAGCUAAACCUCCAUGGAGUAUUAAUUCACAAGUACAGAGGCUUCAAGAGCUCAUCAGACAAACUCACAACUUUAGAUGCAAACAUACCUUCAGAGAAGCUAAUUAUGUUGCUGAUUCAUUGUCCAAACAAAGUCAUAAAAUCACAAGUCCUCAAAUAUAUUGCAGCAAUCAACAAUUACCAAAAGAAGCCAGAGCCUACUACCAACUUGACAUGAUCGAAAUAGCAAACUUCAGAAGAAAGAAGAUUAAGAAGAUCAAAGAACCUCCAUAA